AUGAGCUCCUUCGACCUCCCAGCGCCCUCCCCGCCCCGCUGCAGCCCCCAGUUCCCCAGCAUCGGCCAGGAGCCCCCCGAGAUGAACCUCUACUACGAGAACUUCUUCCACCCCCAGGGCGUGCCCAGCCCUCAGCGACCCCCCUCCUUCGAGGGCGGCGGCGAGUACGGGGCCACCCCCAACCCCUACCUCUGGCUCAACGGGCCGGCCAUGACCCCUCCGCCUUACCUGCCGGGCGCCAGCACCAGCCCCUUCCUGCCCCAGACCUACGGCGUGCAGAGGCAGCUGCUGCCCAGCGUGUCCGGGCUGGGGGGCGGCGACCUGGGCUGGCUGCCUAUCCCCUCGCAGGAGGAGCUGAUGAAGCUGGUGCGGCCCCCCUACUCCUACUCGGCGCUCAUCGCCAUGGCCAUCCACGGGGCACCCGACAGGCGCCUCACCCUCAGCCAGAUCUACCAGUAUGUGGCCGACAACUUCCCCUUCUACAACAAGAGCAAGGCCGGCUGGCAGAACUCCAUCCGCCACAACCUGUCUCUCAACGACUGCUUCAAGAAGGUGCCCCGUGACGAGGACGACCCAGGCAAAGGGAAUUACUGGACCCUGGACCCCAACUGUGAGAAGAUGUUCGACAAUGGAAAUUUCCGCAGGAAGAGGAAGAGAAAAUCGGAUGUUUCCUCCAGCACGGGCUCCUUGGCCUCGGAGAAAACGGAGCCCAGUCUCCUGGCAGGCAGCCCCAAGACCACGGAGGCCCAGGACAUCUUGGAUGGUGCUUCGCCGGGUACCACCAGCUCCCCAGAGAAGAAGCCCUCGCCGCCCCCGCCGGGAACCCCCUGCCUCAACAGCUUCCUCUCCACCAUGUCAGCCUACGUGAGUGGGUCAAGCCCCGUGGGCCGCCCUGUGGCCACGCCGGGACUGAGCCCGGAGCCCGCUGACAAGGUGGGGCAGAACUUGCUGAACUUCAACUCCUACACCCCACUCACCAACUUCAGUGGCCACGCGGGCGGGGGUGAGUGGGCCAGCCCCACACCCAGCAAUGCUCUGGGCUACGGAGGCUCUGUCCUCAACCAGUUCAGCCCUCACUUCUACAACAGCGUCAACACAAACAGCAUCCUCUACCCCAGGGAGGGCACCGAGGUCUAG